AUGCCCAGCACACAGCAAACUCUUCUUGCUCGUCUACUGACCAGCAGAGGGGAGCAGCGGGGAGCAGCGCAGACGCACUGGGCACAGGCCGGGGAGCGACGGGGCAAGAGCAGCGCAGGCGCACCGGGCACAUCCACGACCGCGGGUUUCAUCUCGGCUCGCGCUCACGGUCCUCCACCUUUCCCGGGGGCCGCCCGAGUGCAAGCCUUUUUGUCCCCGCUGCGCUGCCGUCCGGCGCUCCUGCUGUCGGGUGCCUGGUGCCGGGACUGGCAUUGCCAUGAAAGACUUAGCGGAUCGGAAGCUGCGUGUGGCCGUGGCGGUGACCUUCGCCUCGGGCUUCUUCUUGGGCUGGCAGGCGUGCCGCAUGUGGAGGCGCUUCCUGGGCUGGAAGAAGCAGCGGCUGCAGAAACAGCUGCAAGAAACGCAGAGGCAGCUGGACUUGUCCUGAGUGCCUGGACCCUCCCCGCCCCGAGGCAGCAGCUGCGGCGGCGGCGCCGCGGGCCUGAGGACCGGCCCGGGCCGCUUCGCCUCUCUCAGUGCGGAGCCUCGGCUUCUCGAAGAUGUACACAGAGCACUGGACAGAAACAACUUCUCCCUUAUCAAUUGAUUUUUAUCUUUAAAAUUAAAAAAGUUGGACUCCUUUUGAAUCUCCUUUUUUAAAAGGAGAAAAUAGUACUGAAUAUCCUUAUUCGAUGAAUAGUUUUGUAGGACCGAAGGUCAGAAGAAUAAGGUUAUUUCAUCUGGUAAUAAUGGUUAUACCUGAACAAACCAUUUUGCUCACAAGGACUUUGUGAAAAUAAGUGAGAUGAUGUGUGUAAGAUACUUUGAAUUUCUGAGAAGAUUCCAAAGAAGUACGAAAUGUACCUAUAAUAGUAUCGUUAUUGGCAAGAAUCUUAUUUGUGAAAAAUUUGUAAAACUGUGAGUUGAAGUAAUUCAGUGUUGACUCUAAAUUUUGUAAUCUGUUCUUGACUUAAUUUGUCAGUUCCAGUGUACUGCAAUUUUUUUUUAAAAGGGAAAAAGUGCCCUUGAUUAUACUAACAUAGUAAGUAGUACCACUCUACCUCCUCAAAAGAUAAGUAAUUAUGUCACUUUGGGUGCUUGGGUUGUUGAGCUAAUCAGAAGGUUGUUGAACAAGGUUCUCUCUGCUGUAUUAAGGAAUCUUACCCUUAAUGACAUGUAUACAAAUUAUUUGUCUACUUUAAUAUAUAUUAUAAAAGUUUAA